AUGGUUGCCAAAACCACACAUACACAAAAUAAUAAUAACAUGUUACCUGUUUUUGAUCCAGUUCUAAUCAGACAAACAUUAAACAAGGUGGAUCGUUGCAUGAAUCGACUACAAGAACUUCAGUUCACUGUCUCUGGAGGACUCAAGCUAAGCCCUCGCAGUACCAGAAAUUAUCUCGCAACAAGUUUAAGGUGCAAGCAAGAAUCUAUUAGGAUAAAAAAUAGUGCACAAGAUACAUCUCCAGUAGGGAAGUUUUCAAGAUCAGCCAAUUUAGGAGGUGAGUGGAGGAAAAUGUCACUGCCUGCUAUGCUGGUUGGUGAAACUGUUGUAGAAAUUUUACAGGCAAGUCAGUUUGCUAGAGAAAUUGUUUCUUCGGUUGAUCCGAAACUUGAUCCAAAAACUCCGUUAUCUCGACCCUCCCAUCACCAGAAACCAGCUGAAAACACACCACUCAGAGCUAAAAGAAGGAAGGAGAAGGAAAACAAACAACAGUCUGAUUCGCCACCGUUUCAACCUCAUCGUGCGCGUUCGAGAAUCAACUUCGGAGUCUCUCCCCCGAAAAAAGUAAGAGAGUAUGAUGAACAGAAAGAGAAUAUUAAGCAUUUGGCAAAUAAGGUAUCUCCAAGGAAUAGGCCAUGGGCUAGAAAGACAGUACUGUUUCCCAACCCUUUAUUCUCUUCAACUUCUUCACACCAGCAAGAAUCUUGCAAGACAAAAUCACCUGUCAUGUCAACAUCGCCACACAAGUUUCGGAUCAAAUCACCGUAUAAGUAUCCGAUUGAACCACCACCUAGAGUAACAACAAAAACACCAUCAAAGUUUCGAAUAAAAUCGCCUCAUGUGUUUGUGGACGAAUCACGAAAAAGAGUAACAAAAACACAGCACAAGUUUCGGACAGGAUCACAACAUAAGAAGGUUUUGAUCAAAUCACCAAGUAAAGCAAAAACUACAACACCACACAAGUUUCGAAUCGAAUCACCUCAUAAGUAUCAGAUCAAAACGCCUCCAUCAUCCAAGAGAGCUACAAGAUUGAACUAUCCAAAGAGAUAUGGUGCUGCAUCAAUAUCAAGUCGAACUGUCUCUCCUUCUAGAUUGGCUGCACCAACAAAGAGCAAGAAAAGUGUACAGAAAAGGGAUGAAUCAGUGUGUUUGAGUAAAAGUUCUCCAAAGAGCAAGAAAAGUGAUGGAUUGAGUAAGAAUUCUCCAAAGAGAUCAGCUGCAUCAAAAUUACGCCGAUCGUUCUCUCCUUCGAGACUUGUAACAAAACUAGUUUUACCAUGGAAGAGCAAGAAAAAUGAUGGCUUAGCUGGUGGAUUGAAACAGCGGCCACCAACAACAAUGCGCUUGCCUGGUUCAAGAUUUUAA